AAGUGUGUUAGGGGUGAUACUGGGGUCAAGGGUGGUGACUGUGGUGGAGGUCAAGGGUAAUGGGUUAUGUGGUGGCAGUGGUGGUGGUGCUGGCUGUGGUUUGUGUGGUACAGUGUGGUACAGUGUGGUACAGUGGUAGUACAUACAGGUGUGGUGGUGAUGUGGUGCAGUGUGUGGUGGUACAGUGGUGCAGUGUUUGAUGAUACGUACAGGUGUGGUGGUGGUACAAGUGUGGUGCAGUUGUUAGCAGUGCGGUGCAGCUCUUUGGAACAGUGUGGUGCAAUGUUUGGUCUCCUUAAAUUAAAACUAGCAAAAACAAAUUAGACAAGCAUUUCAAAUUGUCACUGGAAACAAAAAAAAAAAAAAAAAAAUGAAAACCCCCAGUUAAACAAACCCUACCCACAAUACUACCCUUAUUAAACUAUCACUACCCCACAUAUUACUAUUAGCCUAUCAAACUAUCACUAGCAUCACAAAAACACCACUGAAAACCUUAAUAACUUCCUCAAAACUCUUUUAAAUAACCCACUUUCCCCCCCUCUCUCUCUCUCUCUCUCUUUCUCUCUCGCAGAUGGUGAGAGAGCAGGUGAGGUGUGUGGGCUGGCCAGAGAGAUGAACCCAGGGCAUGGCUACCAGGGAGGAGACUGCGUGACGUGCGGUGUGAGCUCCAGGGCACUGCGGAACGAGCUGGAGGUGCUGCGAAGGCGCCUCCUGGACAGGGACGUGGCAAUUGUGCAGCUGGAGACACAAAUGGCUCAAGAACGGCCGCAAGAGCAUUACCCCCAGGGACAGGUUGCCGUGCUCAGGGCCCAGUGCGACCAUUGGCAGGAUAAAUAUGACAGGCUGCUGGAGGCCCACAAAAGACUACAAAAGGUGAAUCAAGGGCUGGAGGACAAACUGCUGCGCCUCGUCGACAGAACUGAGAGUGAAAAAUCAAGCCUAGCAGCCGAUACAGCCAGCCUGACCACUGCCCUCACCACCGCAGCCCAGGCCAUUAACAGACUGAAACAGGAGAAUGAUCGGUAUCACAAUGACCUCAACCUGGCAAUCCAACUCCUGCAGUGCAAUCCUAACAAGUAUGCCGCCCACAAGCUGGACUCGCUUCCCAUGGACCUGCAACGAAAGGCCAAGUCUCGAUUAGCCAAGGAGCCCCGGGAGACCCCCAAGCCAGAGGUCAAGGUCAUUAAGGUGCCCAUCCCGACCUUUCCCCCCACAGCCAUGGUCUACUCUGUCAACAAAUAUGCAGAGCAAAGCAGCAAGGAGGAGCCAGUAGAUGCUGUUUCUGCAGCUAUAAUGGCAGCAGUUCUGGAGGAGAGGCAGCGAGAGCGAGCUAGACAACACUGCUCCACUUGUACUUGUGGCUCCACACACACACACACUCCACCGGGCAACACAGGCAUGGAUGAUGACCCUAAUGGCAACAGGGACGCUUCACAUGCCCCUCACACACCACUCUCGUUGCCACAGGAGGAAGGGGGCAGCCCGGUGUUCAGAGUGAGUGUGGUGGAUGUUGGAACACAAGUCUUUCCUUCCUACAUUGGUGAAACUGGAAAGGUACAGUCCACGUGCAUCUACUGCCACCACUCGUCACGCGCCCCACCGCCCUCACACGCCACCGACAGGUCAGCGGAGGUCAACGGGAAGCCGGCAAGGUCGCAGGUCAUGGGGAACGUGGAGGAGGAAAGCCCAGGGCACCCACCUAAAACAGCAUCACCAGAUAGUGCUUGGGAAUGGCCGGCCGAAGGUCAGGAUUCUGGCUCCCCCUCCACGCCUUCCUCCCUCGUGAGUGCUUCCUUGAGCUACGAGAGUGAGACAAGCAAUGUUACCUCCCCACAGGAGUCCCCAGGAAGGCUCUCACUCCCCCCCAAGCCUGCCAGGUCACAGGGGUCAGUGGAUAGCCCCAGGGUUGAGAGGGGGGCAGUGACAGUGGGAUCAGGUGGGACUGUGGCAGUGCUAAAGUCGCCUCUUAGCUCCCCAUCAAGUGGUGUUGGGAAUGGCAUAGCUAGGCAGGGUGUGGCGGCGCAUCACCCUGCCGCACACCCUGCCCCCUCCACCCUGCCAGCCACCAUGACCACAUCCAUACACCACCACAACAGACACAACCAGUACCACCACAGGACCUCCACCACGCCUCACCACCACCAUAGGCUGCAGUUCAACGCGCGCUCCCCGGGGCACGAUGCUUUCACCCCCCCCAUCCACCGGUCCCCCCCACAGCCCCACAGGGAGACACAACACUGCUGGCCCUCUGAUGUCAUUGCCUCCAGCACCUACACCAGCUCAAGCACUGAAACUACACUAUAGACAGCUACACCUUGAAAUACACCCUUAAAUACACUCUGACACAUCAUUACACCUUAAAUACACAUGCUGUUACACCCUUAAACACACCCUGAAUGCUGUCACACCGUAAUACAUGCUAGAACUCCCUUACGUGCUACCUGAUGAAAUUUCACCCUUUUUCUACCACCCUGGCAGUUCAGGGAGAGAUUUCUUUAAGGGUGAUGCAAGAAACUCUUACUUUUCACCCUAGUUUUCUCCUUCACCCUAAAUACUCUGCAGAUCUAAGAUUUCCCUCACCCUAAACACACUUAAAACACUAAAUACACACCCUAAAUUAUAUCUUCAUACUUUCCUUCACACUAAUUCACUCUUACACACACACACACACUCUCACACACUCACUCACACUCGGCCUGACAUGUUUCUGUGCAGCCUGACACACACACACACACACACACACACACUCACACAAACAGUCCAACUCUCACCCUAGCACAAAUUUACACCCUAGAUUACACUCGUCACCCUAAUUACCGUACAAUUAUAAUACAAUACACAUUCACAAAUUUCCACCCUUCACCCUUCACUCUUCACCCUUCAUCCUUCACCCUUUCAGUCUCAUUUGCAUCCAAGAUUCAUUAAUUUAUAAAGGCAAUGUUAUGUUCUAUAUUUUACAGCUAUUUGUGCUAUGUUAUUCAUAACUUCUGUUUUCUGUGUUGUAAAUGUGCUGUUUUAUGGGGAGCUCUGGUAUUCCUUAUUUCUUUCAAUGGGAGACUUUAGCAUUUCGUCUAUGGGGUUUUUGCUACUUAUUUUUAUUGUUAUUAUUAUUAUUUUUUUUUUUCAAUGGGAGACUAUUUUUGUUUAUUUAUUUAUUUUAUUUUAUUGUUUUUCUGCUUUUUCUUCUUUAUUUCUUCCAUUUUUUCUGUUUUUUUGUUAUGGGAAACUUUUGUAUUUUCAUCUAUCAAGCUUUUAUUUCUUCUUUUAAUGUUUUUUCUUCUUUUUUUUAUGGGAAUCUUUUGUAUUUGUUUUGUUUGCAAGCUUUUUUAUUUUUUUUAUUUUUUUAUUUUUUUAUUUUUUUGUUCACGCCUUUCCUACUUUUUAUAUUCUAUUUGCAAGCUUAUUAUUUUUUUCCCCCAUUUUCUGAUGUAUAGAUUACUUGUACAUACAGAUAUAUAUACAUAUAUUUUAUUAUUGUUCUUCCUUUGUCUUUCCUUGUGUACAUAAUUCAUAUAUAUAUAUAUAUAUAUAUUUCCUUUUUUUUUUUUUCUAUACAUAUUUUUGUCUAUCCUUCCUUUAUUUUUUAUUUUUUUAUCCAAUGUGUGUUUUGUUAUUUUGCUUUCCUGCUUUCUCUUUCUUUAGUUGUGCAAGUUUCUCGUUUUCUUUCAAUAUAGUUUAUAUUUAUCCAAGCUGUGUAUUUUUUUGUUAAUUAUUUUAGUUUCCCUUCGAUUUCUGUACUCAAGUUUCACGUUUUCUUGUGUUUUAUCAGUUUUUUCAUGCACAUUACGUUUUCUUUCUUAUUUUCUUUACCCUCUCUCUCUCUCUCUCUCUCUCUCUCUCUCUCUCUCUCUCUCUCUCUCUCUCUCUCUCUCUCUCUCUCUCUCUCUCUCUCUCUCUCUCUCUCUCUCUCUCUCUCCACAAUUCACCAAGAAAAUAUUUAUGAAGACAAUCAUGUAAACAGGAGACCAUUUUCUAUGACAUCCCAUUUUCUAACACACACACACACACACACACACACACACACACACACACACACACACACACACACACACACACACACACACACACACACACACUUCACCACAAAAAGAAAAAAAUAUACACAAAACAUUCACACAUACAUAACUCCCACUUGUAUGUGUGCGUGUGCAAGCGUGUGUGCGUGCGUGCGUGUGUCACCCUCCCCCCUCCACCCACCUACUGGUUCGCUCCCCAUGUGGUGCUAAUCAACACAAUACGUAAAGAAUUUAGUGUUUCUAGAAAUUUAGUGAAGAAAACGCUUAAAUGCUUCAGUGUCCCCUACGCUACGCCCGUUUUCUGAGGUGCAAGCAACACUACAUUAGCAAACUUUUUCACACUGUCACGAUACAGAUGCAUUGUGGGACGUCUGGGAGGCUGACUGGGGUGGUAUUGACUGAGAGGCACCGAAGAGACUGGAUGCAUUAGGGAGGACUGGCUAAGUGGGAGGGGUACUGGGAAGAUUAGCUUAGUGGGGAGAGACAUUGAGAAGUGGUUAUUUGAGUACAUUGGGAAGACUGGGUUAAAUGCUGUGCUGUACUUGGCUUAUAACCUUACGUAACUCAUUUAAAAAUCUAUUGGAAGCUAGCAAUAGAUGGCAAGGCUUUACUCUCGAAGGUCCCAAAGAAUCUUAAAAAAAAAUAAUAAUAAUAAUAGAAUAAGUGGACGAAGCCUAGCCACACAAGCCUACCAUUAGCGAACGUACCUGUAAAGUCAGAAAUAUUAAAACAGGAGUUGGUCUUAUGCAAAAAAUAUAAGUAAUAAUGUUUAGGUCGUAUAGCAAGUUGGAAUUAAGUUAGAUACGUAUGUUUGCCAAGCUCCCAUAGUGCAUUUAAGCCCCGCGGCACGAAAGUCGGCACAAGAAGUAACGCAUGAUUUUUUUUUAUAAGCACAAACAAGAAAGGAGGGGAUUAGGAAGUAUAGAUCUUACAAUUUCUACCCAGUUUAAUGAUUGAAGGUGACUGUAGAACAAAUAACGAUGU